CACGCGCGCGCGCAGGCAUAACCACGCGAAAUCUCGACAACAUUCCCGUGGAUACUCUGCAAAGCGUCGGCCUUUCGUUUAAAAGAGGCGAGUGGACAAACAAACAAGAAAAUAAGCGAAUUGGACAUCGGCCGUCAUGAAAAGGAGCUCGCCAGCACGGGCCGCUGUGUAAGAGGGCCGGCCUCCUCUCCUCGCGAUGGCUGGACUCACGCAACGUGUCUCCCUCUCUGGAGCAACGAUACUCCACCUCCACCACCACCUCGUCCACCACCUCCUCCUCCUCCUGCUGCUGCUCCUGCUGCCCUUCCCGCUGCCCGGCAGUGGCGGCGGCGUCGCCUCUGCGCAGCGAGCGGGGAGGGACUGCCCGCGGGCGUGCACCUGCUACCACCGUGAAGAGGUGCACUGCACCUUCCGCUACCUGAACGCCGUGCCGGCCGGGCUGCCGCGAGACGCGCUGCGAAUCAACAUGGGGUACAACAGCCUGACGGCGCUAGACGAGGGAUCGUUCGCCGACCUGGCGAAGCUGGAAAUCCUCAUGCUGCACGGUAACGAGAUGCGAUUCCUGCCAGACGGCGUGUUCGGCCAACUGCGGGCGCUGCAGGUGCUGAAGCUCAGCUACAACAAGCUGCGCUCGCUGCGAAGGCCGGCGCUGAGGGGCCUGCGCUCGCUCGAGCGGCUGCACCUCGACCGCAACCUCCUGGAGCGCCUCGACCCGGAUGCCUUCGUGGGCCUCACGUCGCUGCGGCUCCUCCAGCUCGAGGGCAACCAGCUGCGCUCGCUGCACGCCGACGCGUUCGCCACGGCGUUCGUGGCGCGGGGCGCAGUCGUGUCGACGCUGGCACACCUCUCGCUCGCCGACAACCGCCUCCGCUCGCUGCCGCCCUCCCUGCUGACCUCCAUGCCGGCGCUGGAGAGCCUCACGCUGCAGGGAAACCCCUGGGCGUGCGACUGCGCGCUGAGGCCCUUGCGCGAGUGGGCCGCGGGGAAUGCCGCCGACGUUCUCAAGUGCACGGCGGUGGAAGGAGGGAGCCGAGACGGAGACUCGCGGUGUCCCCGCUGCGCGAGCCCCGCGCGCUACAAGGGGCGCCACCUGCUCUCCAUCCCCGCACGGCGGCUCGCCUGCACCGCGCCGUCCGUCGCCGCUCCCGGGACGCCGAGGAAACCCGACGACGAUGACGGCACCGGCGAGCUGCCCCUGCGGCACCUCCUGCGGGCGCGCGCGUCGUGGGCCACGCUCGGCCUCAACCUGACGGCCGGGCCGGGGCGGGCCGCGAUGCUGCGGUACCGCGUGGGCGCACCGCGCGCCACCACGCCGGUCGCCGUGCGGCGGCUGGAUGACGGGACAGUGCUCGUGGACGGCGCGUUCGAGACGCGCCUGGCGUGCGACUCGAGCCUCGGAGACGGCCGGCGGCAGCUGCUGAGCGCGAUGGGCGGGGAGGCGGCGGCGAGGGUGGGCGGCGACGCGGCGGGGGGAGGCGGCCCGCGGCAGCGCGAGCUCCGCUUGACGAGGCUGCCCGAGGUUCACGGCGAGGCGAGCGCUAGCCUCUACACCGUCGUGGCGGAGCGGGGGGAGCCGUCGAGCGACGGCGCGGCCCUCGUGGCGAGCGUCUCCACGGAGGCCGACUGGCUCCUGCAGCCGACGAUCGGCGUCUCGCUGAGCGGCGGCAUCGGCCCCCCUGGCGCGGAGGACGGCCUGGACCUGACGCUCACCACGGCGAUGUCAGGGUACCGUGGAGCCGGGGACCACGGCACCUCCGAGUGGGUGCUCAUCCGUGGCGGUGGCAACGACGGUGACGGCGACGCACGGCUCAACCAGGCGGUGGUGGAGGGGGCACCCGUCCAGAUGCUGUGCGGCGUCGAUGCCGCCCCGGGGGCGCCGGCCGCGCUCCACUGGACCCUCGCCGAUGGCACGCGGGUGCGGGAGCCCUACGAGAGCACCGACAACCGCGUGACAGCAGCCCGCGGCGGGCAGCUGCUCAUCAAGUCGGCGCAGGUGGCAGACUCGGGCGUGUACGCGUGCGUCGCUUCGACGAGAGACGACGCGGAUGCGAUGGAGUUCAGGCUCGAGGUGCUGCCGGCAAUCGCGGAGGGGGCAGCGGGCAAGGAUUUGUCAGUGCUGGUUGGCGGAGACCUGGGGCUCCCCUGCAGGGCGCUUGGCUCGCCGGACCCAUCAGUGGUCUGGGUCUUCCCCGACGGCUCGGUCUCCGUGGACCUGCCUUCACGUGGGGAACGUUCGGCCACCGUGAAUGGCACUCUGAACAUAAAGGGCAUCGGCGCUGGGGACGGCGGCCUCUACAGGUGCGUGGCCAUGAAUCGGCUCGGAGCCAAGGUGCUGUCCGUGAACGUCACCGUCGCGUCGCCGGACGCCAAUGGUGGCGACGCGAGUGGAGGGUGGAGGCCGAGCUCCCAGCCAAACAAUGAGAAUUCGUAUUUCCCCUCGGGAAACGACGGACUGCCCCGCGUGGACCUUUACAACGCCACGCGAAACGAUUCCUCCUUGACGCGUCCCCCAAGCGCGAAGCAGCACGGGAACAGCGUGGCGGGCGAGGCCAGAGUGGUGACGGAGAAGGAUGAGAAGCAAGAGGAGGAAGAUGAGGAGGAGGAGGAGGACGACGAGGAGGGUGAGGAAAGCGGGCAUGCUCUGAAGAGUGGGCCACACGGGAGAAGGCCCGCUGGACCUGCGGGCCCACGCAGGAUCGACAAUGUGUCGGUGAAAGAGCGCGACCCUCAGCGGUGGGCCCAAGUGCUGGAGGAGGUGAGGCGGCGGCACAGAGAGUGGAGCCGCCGGGGGGGCCACAAUGACAGCCUCGCCGUCACGGCAGCGGCCGCGACUCCGGCCGGACAUGACCUCGCCCCUUCGCCCGGGGCAUCGGCUGCUGGCGAGACUGAGACAAGCGCUGAAGGGAGCGCCGUGAGCCGCGGGGUCACCGUGGGGUAUUCUGGUGGCCGUGAUCUGGAGUGGGCGAGCACAUUUUCCGGUGGGUUGGUGGAGCUCUCCGACGACCACUCCGCCAUCGUGGAAACGGUCUCCUCCGACGAGCGCAUGACGCCGGCGUAUGAGGCCGCGUACACCGAGACGUACACGCUCGGCACGCGGGCGGCCGUUCACACGAGCAUGGCAGACACCGACUACGGAGUUUCGGAAACGAUCCUGAGCCCUUUCCCCACCACGUCGGCGACAACCGAGAAAUCGGACGUCGCCUUGACUCGACGGACUUCGGCGGCGGGAGACCGCGCGGGGGCGCUUCCCGCGAACGCGGACCCAGAGCACUCAGGUUGGGGUCCCGACAACUCCUUCACGAGGCUGCCAUCGCGCCCGCAGGUGCAGGAGCACGCAAGAGAAGCGCAGCGUUCCUGGCACCGGAUAUCCAGCACGACGACCGUGCCCAGCGCUCUCCUCCCUCCGAGUCCUCCGCGAAGCACGUACGGACGCUGGCACGAGAAGUUGCAGUGGGCCUCGGCCGUGGGCACUCCGGCCGCAAGCCUCUUGCCUUUCCUCCAGCCCGAGGCGCUCCUUCCGGUCACGUGGGGGAAAUUCCACACCACGGACGGGGACCCGACGGUGCGGGCGGCCGUCUCCGCCACCGCCGACCCGGAGCUGGAGUCGCAGGUUCAAACGCCGACGGGGCCCGCGCAUGGGUCGUCGUCGACGUCGUCCUCAGAGGGCUCCGAGCGACCCCGCAGCAUGACGAGGCGUCCCUCAGGCGUGACGGACCAGAGGGAAGGGGCCACGUCCACAUCGAGAGCAGCCCGGGCACAAUCGCGCUCGGCUACGGGAUCCGACACGGCGGCUGGUUCGCCUCCGUCUCAUUGGCAGAACACGUUCACCGGACCGCCGGUGACGGAGGGAUACGAAGCGCCACUUCCCUGGGAUGGGUUGCAACGUCCCGCCGUGUCCGACACAAGGUUAGUCCCAAAGGGCGCCCACUCGACCAAGACACGGCCGUUGCCCACGGCUCCGACCACACGCAACGUCAAGAGAGCGUUUCCCAACAGGGCGGCGGCGGCGGCGAUGACGGCCCCAACGACCGUGCUGCAAACGGAUCAGGCUCACGACCGACAGGGGGAAGCUUCGGCAGAAUCUGCCGAGGGGCCUCCACCGAAAAACCAGCACAACCACGGUGACGAGAAGACCACCACGUGGAGGGAAGAGAGCGGCUCGGAUUCGUCCAACGCCGUGCGGCCCCACGGCGAUGCCGACGAAGAUAGCCUGCGUGGCGCGCCGGUGAUCGUGGACAAGGCGAGCACGAUGAUCGCGAUCGUGGCCGACUCGGACGUCGCAAUACAUUGCCCUGCGAUUGGCAAUCCUCCGCCAACCAUCAGCUGGACGAAAGUGGCCACAGGCGCCACCAUCAGGGCUGGCUCCAGACUGGGCAGCCGGUUCGAGGUGCUGCCCAACGGCACUUUCCUCGUCCGCAGUGGCCACCUGCAGGACCGCGGGCAGUACCUGUGCACGGCCGCGAAUGACCGGGGCUCCGACCACUACACCGUGACUCUCACGGUCCUCGCCUACCGGCCACGGGUGCGCCAGCCGCGCUUCCAGAACCUCACGGCACACCAAGGCGAGCCGGUGGAGCUGCGCUGCCCGGCCGAGGGGCGGCCCAAGCCGCAGGUGUCGUGGCUGCUGCCGGACCGCUCGUUCCUGCGUACGGCCAGCCUGGGCGAGGGCCGGGUGACGCUGGCGCCCGACGGGACCCUGCACAUCCGGCGGGUGGCGGCGUCCGACCGCGGCAGCUACAAGUGCAUCGCGAGCAACCCCGCCGGGACGGACACGGUCGGCUUUCAGCUCGACGUGAUCUCCGCGCCGCCCGAGAUUGCGCAGCAAAAGACAGAGGAUCUCCCUGGCAUCGUGGGCCAGAGCCUCGUGAUCCACUGCAGCGCCGGCGGCUUUCCAACACCGAGCGUCCGCUGGUUGCUGUCCGACGGGUCGGUUGUGAGGCCGUCGCAGUUUCUCAAGGGCAAGCUGUUCGUCUUCCCCAACGGCACGCUCCACAUCGCCCGGCUGGCGACGGCCGACAGCGGCAGCUAUGAGUGCGUUGCGACCAACGCCAUGGGCGUGGACAGGAGGGUGGUCAGCCUCAGCGUGAGCAGCCCCCUCUCGCCGGCCAAGAUCGCCCGCAACAAGCAGCGGGCCGCGGUGGACGUGCGGUACGGCGAGGUCGCGCUCCUGAACUGCGUGUCCUCCGGUGACCCCCAGCCGAAAGUCAUUUGGAGGCUGCCCUCCAAGAUCGUGAUCGAUACUCUGUACAGCCCCGACAACCGAGUCUCGGUGCACGAAAACGGCUCAUUGAGCGUGGGCACGGUAAUCGAGGGCGACGCGGGCGACUACCUGUGCGUGGCGCGCAACAGCCUCGGCUACGACAUGCAGGGGGUCACAAUGAACGUGACCCUGGAGGCGGCGAGGAUCGAUAAGCGCGCGGCGGGCGCGAGCGGGACGGACCUCGUCGUCAGCGCCGGCGGCACGGCGUGGCUCGACUGCGUCGCCUCGGGCCUCCCGCGGCCUGACGUCUCGUGGAGCCUGCCCGACGGCACGACGGCGGACGGCGAUGGCGAGCAGAAGGACGGCGGGCGGCGCGCCGUCCUCAGGAACGGCACGCUGCUCGUGCGGAACGUGGCGCGGGGGGACGAGGGCGUCUACACGUGCGUGGCACGCAAUGCGGCCGGAGGCGACGAGGCGACGGUGCGCCUGAGCGUGCCGCCGAGGGCGAGGCCGCCCAAGAUCGAGGGCCACGCCAGGAAGGCCGCCGCCGCCGUGCCCCUGCAGGUCCGGGGCGGCGACGCGGCCCGGCUCAGCUGCGACGCUGCCGGCGAGCCGAAGCCAAGCGUCGCGUGGGUGCUGCCGUCUACGCGGGCCCCGCUCACGUCUGCGGACGGGCCGCGCGUCCAGAGGGACGGCUCGCUGAUCAUAGAGCGCGUCGGGAAGGCCGACGCCGGCGUCUAUACCUGCAUCGCCCGUAACGCACUCGGGGAAGACUCGAAGGCGAUCAGCCUCGAGGUGGUGCUCGUCAAGCCCGUCAUAAACGGAAUCCAGGACAGGCACGUGGUCACCGGCGACUCGGCCGUCAAGUUCUCGCGCAAGCGGAUCAACUGCAGGGCGGACGGCUUGCCCCAGCCGCGGGUGGCAUGGGUCAUGCCCGGCAACGUCGUGCUGACGACGCCCUACGAGGGCAGCCGGAUAUCCGUGCUCGAGAACGGGACGCUGGAAAUCAAAAACGUGCGGCGCUCGGACGCUGGGGAGUUCCUGUGCGUCGCUCGCAGCGAAGCAGGAGAGGCGACGCUGCGCGUGAAGCUGGUCGUGACAGACACGUUGGAAAAGCCGGUUUUAAAGAACCCAAAAAACGAGAAAAUCAUCACCAAAGAAGGCAGGGCGGUCACGCUGAAUUGCUCGGCAACCGGUGUGCCGACGCCAGAAACAACUUGGCUGUUCCCGAACGGAACCCUCGUCACCAAGUGGCAGAAGAUGGAAAACUUCCGGCACGGCAAGGACGGCGCCCUGGUGAUCCUCCGUCCUGCGCAGCGGGACGCCGGCACCUACCGAUGCACGGCCAAGAACGCCGUGGGCUUCGUGGAGAAAGCGGUGACGCUGGAGGUCGGCCAGAAGCCCGUGAUCGCGCUGCGCCACAGGGGCCUGGUGCGCAGCACCAGCGGCGAGCCGCUUUUCCUGCACUGCGUCGUCAGCGGUAACCCCAAGCCCACGGUCCGCUGGGUGCUGCCCAACGGCGCGAGCGUCGACGGCGCGUCCCGCGCCUCUGCCGCCGCCGGCGGGCGUGCGACACUGCUAGCCAAUGGCACGCUGGCGCUGAGCGCGGCGACCCCGCACGACCGCGGCAUGUACGUGUGCCACGCCGAGAACACAGCCGGGCACGCGUCGGCGGCCGUGCCCGUCAUCGUGGUGGCGUACCCGCCGCGAAUCACGCGGGGCCCGCCCCGGACCGUGCUGGCGCAGCGCGGCGCCAGGCUGCGGCUGCGAUGCGCCGCCAUCGGCGUGCCCAAGGCCGACGUGGCGUGGGAGCUGCCGAGCGGCGCCAAGCUGUCGACGGCGAGCGCUGGAGCGCACGCGGCCGGCGGCGGCGGUGGUGUCUACUUGCACCCCGCAGGGACGCUGUACGUUCAGACGUCCGGGUACGAGCAAUCGGGCUUCUACAAGUGCGUCGCCAGCAACGCGCUGGGAAGCGACGUCGUGUCCACCUACGUGCGGUUUUAUUGAUGGGUCAGUUGUGUUUGUUAGUAAUGGGUCCAUUGGGUUUUUUUUUGACUGAGGGGGGGAGGGGAAUUGUCGAGCAAUUGGCCUAAAAGUGGCUUUUGCUUUCAAGGUUGACACGUGCGGCCACCGCAGCAGCGCUUUGCAAGCGCAAUGGUCUCUGUUGAACUGCACCAGCUGAGCAUCGUACGGCAGAUGCUGUGCCUGUAUCCCGCACUAGCCCAGGGAACGACUUAUGGGCGGCAAUCUCAAAAUCAAGGAGCAGACAGUUAAUGCCACUGGCUGCGUCGAUCAUUCGCCUACAGAUGUUCAGAUAUUCGCCGUGUGUGUGCGUGUGAACCUAUGGAUCUCUCUGUGAGUCUAUGGGUAUCUAUGUAAGUACAGUAUGUAUGUAUGUAUGUUCAACUUCUUUCGCACAGUACCUCCGACUAGUCAACCGUGUUAAUCGGAGGUGCAGCGGAAGGACAACAAAGCAAACGCAAAAAGUAGUUCUUAUAAAAUUAGUUUUCAAUCUAGAUUUAAAAGUGCAUAGCUCCAGUGGCUUCCUCACAUCAGAAGCAAGAACCUUCCAGACGUCCACAGAAGCGCAUCUGAAAGUGCGUAAUGCGGUGACUGCCGUUUUUGUUCGAUGGCCGCCGCUUCUGCGAUGAUGAGCGGAGUUCGCGUGAUGAUGGUUCAUGCUCCUUGACGCCGGGUCUCCAUCGUGUGUCAAAUCGUCACCACGUGGCUUCUCCUGAAGACGGCCACUGGCUCACUCGGCAACCUCGACAUGAGCACACGAACAUUGGAUGAUCAACUGCCCGCAAAUGAAAGUCUACGAAGAUCUAAAUGUGCCCACCAGAAUGUGCCAAAGACUGAAAAGUGGCAUUAGAAAUCAAUAGGUAUAGAAAAAUGCUUUUAUAUUUUAUUGCUGAUUAUAACCAAUUUAGAUUUUUAUACGUUCUAUUUUUAAUGCAUUUAGUGUUUUGGUUAAUUUUACAACUACCUCUGCUGACAAUGUUACCACAACUCUAUGCAAAAUGAAUGGCGAUCCAUUUAUAGAUACCCCACCAAAACACACGCACACUGCAUUCAAUAUUUCAACGCUCUCCUCCGUGAGAUAUGGAUCCGUCGCUUUCACAGCAUUCAAACAGCUGUUGAGAAGAAUUGAGAUGCCCAUUUUCAAUCAGUGGGGUAUCUAAAUAUAGAUUACCCUGUGCUAAAGCGCCUCCUUAGAAACGCGUGGAUUACAGUGUACUUUGAUCUCAAUUAUGACAAUUUUAUGCAAUCUUCAUCAUCAGCAUUGCCUUCAUUAACCUCUCAACUUCACCCGUCACAGAUCGUACUUCCUCGGUUCACCCCCUGAUACCCCUUUUCCACUCGCACAUCCGGUCCGUGCCAGCACGUGGCCGGCACACACGUAUGCCCCACGGUGGCUAUUCCCGAACGGAACCUCGUCUUGUAUGCAGGAGGUCGUAGGUUCGAUCCCGACCCUGACGCCUGCUUAUAUUUGGAGUUUGCAUGUUCUCCCCGUUGUCGCGCGGACUUUUCUCCGGGUUCAACAAUUUUUCCCCCCACAUUUUGGAAUCAACGUCAUGCGUUCAGAGUAUUUGGCUACUAUAAGUUCUCCCAUGAUAAGCCACUGUCGCUAGGUCGCGUCUGAAAAAGAGCUAUGUAGCUCAGUAGGACUUUACCUGGUACAAUAAAAAAUAGUUAAUAGUUUUACCAAGGCUCGCCAUGGUAAAAAUGCCAGUUUUUACCUGGCAUUUUACCAUGGCGAGCUUGGAAGCGAACCAUGGUUUACCGGCCCCACAAGACAUCUGAAUCCGACUCGGGUCCAAGCCGCGUCAGCGCUCACGGAACGGCCCCGGCUUGAGUAGUGGAAACAAAACAAAAACCCGUGGAUCCUGACGGGUGCUUCACAUGGCCCCGGCACAGUUCGGAUGUGCAAAUUGAAAUGAAAAGAGGUAUCGGAGGCCAAGCAAAAGACUUUAUUUCACGACUACUACUGCUGCUGCGUAGGUUUAUGGCGGUCGUGCUUUGUGGCUCUCUGGGAUGUUCGUCGGCAAUUGUGUCCGACGUUUCGCUCCAUGUGCCGUUUAUAACCUGAAAGGACAUUCGCGAUUAAAUAAAUUGCUAUUAUUUUGUUUUCUGCAUCUGCCACGUUCAUUGUGACCCCCUGCAUGAGUAAAAAAAAGCAUUACAGAAGAACCCCUCUUAAUGACCACCCCUGUUAACGAUUAUUCGCUUAACAACGGGCCUCCAGAGAGCCCAUUGUGUAGUGUAUAGUAGUGUAGUGUAUAGUGUAGUGUAUAGUAGUGUAGUGUAUAGUGUAGUGUAUGGUAGUGUAGUGUAUAGCAGUGUAGUCUAUAGUGUAGUGUAUAGUAGUGUAGUGUAUAGUGUAGUGAUAAGUAGUGUAGUGUAUAGUAGUGUAGUCUAUAGUGUAGUGUAUAGUAGUGUAGUGUAUAGUAGUGUAGUCUAUAGUGUAGUGUAUAGUAGUGUAGUGUAUAGUAGUGUAGUGUAUAGUAGUGUAGUGUAUAGAGUAGUGUAUAGUAGUGCAGUGUAUAGUAGUGUAGUCUAUAGCGUAGUGUAUAGCAGUGUAUAGUGGUGCUGUGCCUCCAUAGAGCCCAAUAUGUUCGCUUACCGACUAUUCCCCUGUUAACGAUGGGCUGUUGUAGGUACACUAAAUAUUAAUGAAUGCAUUGAUUAACCAUGUUAAUUGUGAUGUUAUUUUUAUAAUGUUGUUAGUAUAUUUAUGUAUUAAUAUCCAUUGUUAAAAUAUUAUAAAGUACGUUUUUGGGGGAGAAAAAGGUAACUUUUGAUGCUACCGUGUGUUUCCUAGACUCGCUUGAUGACCAAAUCACUUGACGAUCGGUUUCGUGGAACCAAUUACCGUCGUUAAGAGGGCUUCUCUCGUACUCGCUGUGAUUAUGAUGAUACUCAUUGUUUAUUUCGGUAAAGUCACGUAAAGAAGUUGUUUCUUGCUGUGGUUGUCCCACCUGAUGACGAUUGCUUGUGUUGCGAUCGAAACGUCGUCAUCUAUUAUUGUUUCUACCCACGUGGCUUCACCGAAAGAACCGAAGAGUAUGGAUGCCUGCAGUCACGAAAGCUUCAAAUAAAUAUUGAUUACACUGGUCAACACACUUUUUCUGGCAUAAGAUAUUCCAACGGGUUUAAUGUAAUUUUGGGGUGCUGAUUCCAAAUCUGGCAUCAGUUUUUGUCUAUCACAUCAGGUUUUUGAGAUAUCAAAUAUUGCAUUUUCAAUAAAAACUGCAGAAGAAAAAUAUUAAAUAAAUGUGGAUAUCUACAUUAAAUGAUAUUAUAAACACACUAUCCUUAAAAUACAGCACCAUAUUUUAACACUAAAGCAGUCACUGACUCGCAACAACUUGCAAUCAUAAGUGACAGAGUUAAUUUCGGGUAAAAUCAAUGAAAAUGGGGUAUGCCGAUAGCAUAAAAAUGAUGUGAUAGAGCAAAUCUGAGAUCAGAUUUGGAAUCAGUACCCUGAAAUUAGUCUAGAACAGCUGCAAAAGUCCAGGCCAGAAUUUUUUUUUUUUGUUGACCAGUGUUAUUAUAAUGUUUUAGCUUGUAACAUGCUGCGCGGUAUUCGUCCACUCUCCAAUGAUUCAGGAAAAUUAUUCAGAGGCGCAGGGAACCACAGACAAGCGGGAAGGCAGCCACACGAUGAGCCAGCGCCAACAAGUUCCCAAGCUCUGCGGUCCUCUAUAUAUGAAGUGUGUUUAUAUAGGGGAGUAAACUAUUUGUUUGUAUUUUACCAGGUAAGGCCCGCUGAGUUAAAUGGCUUUUUCUCGGAAGAAACCUGGCUAUCACAAAUGAAAGCUCAACGAAGUGGCUCAUCGUGUGGAAAUGUAGAGCAGGCAAAUACUCUAAAUUUAGAGUGAAAAACCGGAGAAAAAUCCACGCGACCACGGGGAGAGAGACACGCAAACUCCGAAUAUACAGCAGGCGUCAGGGUUCGAGAUCGAACCCACGAAUCUUCUGUAUACCAGGCAGGGGAGUUAACAUCUCCUAGCCCAGAGGCAACCCGCACAUGCGAGGGGGUAACACUAUAUCCCAUACUGACGGAACAGGUGGAGUCCAAAUUUAGACUUCAAACUUUCGUGACUGCAGGAAUUCAAAUUCUUGGUUCUUUCGCUAAAGUCACGUAGAUAGAAAACAAAAAUCUAAAUUAAAAGCAAAAAAACACACGACGUUUCGAUCCCAACACAAGCGGUCUUGUGAUCGAAACGUCGUGGGGUUUUUUGCUUUGAAUUUAGAUUUUUCUUUUCUAUCUACGUGACGUUACUGAAAGAACCAGGAAUAAGGUGGAGUCCACAUUUCCGCCGUACCGCCUUAUCCUGGUGAGCACAGCGUAUUUCUCCUCCUCAAUAUCCACGGGUUUACACACCAUCUGUGCGGUGAUCCAGCAACCAUCACCUCCAGCGCUGGGUUACAGGCGUGCACCAACCACCACCGCCUAAAUUGUAUGCGUCGCA